CGCACAAAAGCCCAGUAGGGUAUAAUGUCUUCCCCCUUUCCCCAUGAGAUUUUUGGUUCUCCGCAACCUUCCAUCACCGAGCUUAACUGAACGAAAUCCUCCAUUCCAAACGAGCCGCCGCCGGCGAGUGCUGCUACCUCUCCUUCAUCCAACGGCGAUUUGUGUGCUGCCAAACCCCUCCAGCUCUCUCUCAAUCCUGUCAAAGCUUUCUGUUGCAGCAGCUACUGUCGUGUCUCUUCCCAGCAGGCGCGGCCUCGUCUUUGUUCCAAGCAGCCACCUGAGCCCUGCGACUUGGCAAACAAAUAUUCAUGAUAGCUGAAACGCUGCCAGUUCAGAAUCGCCGCUGUCAUUAGAUUUUGCUUUUGCCUCCGGCAAAGUGGUUAAGGAUUUGUAAACCAUGGGGAAAGCUUCCAGGGAUAAAAAUAAAAAGAUAGGAUAUCUACUAUAGAAAGGCCAAAGAAGAGGGCUGGCGAGCUCGAAGUGCCUUCAAGCUUCUUCAGGUUGACGAGGUAAAAAUAAAAAGCUAGGGUUUCGAUUCCACUGCAGAAUUGGUUGGGCGCUCGAUUCGUCCCUUGGAUUUAGGGUUUAGAAAAGUGGAGUGGAAGCGCUGGGGGUUGUCAUAAAGGGUCGUGGUAUUGAUGGUACUCGAAGGUGAAAAUGCAAGGCUAUGCAUGGACGGAAAGGUGAGGAGAGGAAAAGCGCUCGGCACAUGUGAACAGAUCCUACCCCUGCCAAUUCGGUUGUAGAGGGUGAUGUGUCUUCGCCUUCUCCGAUGCCUAAUUCGUUUUACAAGGUCCCAUAAAAUUGUUAUUGGAUGGGAGGUAAACAAAUCAUUCCCUACCCACGUUAAUUAUAGAACUUCAUGGGUUGGGAAACUGUUGUCUUGGAACAAAGGACCAAUUGAGCUCUAAUGGAGAAGAUGGAAUCCGCCAAGGCAAAUAAGCAAUUCCAAUCACCCACGUUAAUUGUAGAACUUCAUGGGUUGGGAAACUGUUGUCUUGGAACAAAGGACCAAUUGAGCUCUAAUGGAGAAGAUGGAAUCCGCCAAGGCAAAUGAGCAAUUCCAAUCGCCCUGGAAUUAAAUAUCAUAUAAGGUGAGUGUAAAGGGGGUAAAUUAUACGCCUUACGUAUUCUUUAAAUAUUAUGAUUUUAAGUAUUUGAAUGAAUUGGUUACCAUGGAUUGAUUAUUUGUGCUUUGUUUGAACUAUGAUUUGAGGUGAUUUUGUGCUAUUUGAUGUGAUUUGAGGUGAUUUUGUGCUAUUUACUUUAAAGCGUUAUGUUUUAUUUAAGUUUAAGUUAAAGAAACAAGUCUUUGUAAAGAAGUAACUCACCUUCAAGAAGGUGAAGUCGUUUUAAGUGUUUUUAGUCACUAGCGCCAGUUCGUUGCCAUUUGACAUUUUCAGUUAGAGCAGCAGUUAUGCUCUUGAGAUCUUUGAGACAAAGCAGCAGUUAUGCUCUUGAGAGUUUUAAGAUGAGCAGCAAUUAUGCUCUUGAGAAUCGUGGUGAAGAGCCACCACGAUAAGUUUAAGAUGUUAGGGGGAUGAAUCUUUAUGACUUCCCUAACUAAGUUUAAGUUUAAGGAAAGCCUUGAUGGCUUCUCAUACGUAUGAGUUGGCAACCGGACUAGCUAGUGAGCGAUCCCAGUGUCAGUCCAGUAUUUAAGUCGAGAUUUGAGCUUUAAGAAUGGAGAGUAAUAGUAACUCCCAUACAGUUUUAAGAGUUAGAGAUUUUAAGAUUGGAAGUACAAACAACUUCCACUAGUCAAAGUUAAGUGUUUAAGUAAAGUACUCAAGUAUUAGAAUUAUUAAAACGUAAGGGCGUAGACUGACCCCAUCUCACUCACCAGUUUGAGGAGCUAGAGGAGCAGUUAGUGAUCAGCGAGUUCGAGGGCAGCCAGCUAGAGGAGGUCGGUGCAUGCGUCACAGAGGAUGCUUAGUCAAGGUUUCAGUGGCAACAACAUUAGAGAUUAUCAGUUAUUUACAUUUAUGAUUAUGAGUAUAGACUGGAGUUCAGAUUGAGAUUUAAAGUUUGAGGUUAAUUUGCCCACGUGUUAGGGCUUUGCUCUGAACUACAAGGGUGUGUUUUCGGUAUUUUAUUUAUGAAAAUUUUCCCCCUGGAAUUUAAGAUUUGAGCAUUUUAUUUAUCAAGGGCAUUUUAGUAAAAGUAGUAGCCGGCCGGGUUAGGCUGUUUCAGGUAUGAUUGGGGUUUGACGAGAAGUGGAAAUGGAAGCACCGCAAGAGGAGUGUAGAGUGUAGGAGCGAGUCCCCCGCUUGAAGCUAAGAUUGAUCGGUUGAUUGAUGCACUCCUAGAGGACAAGAAGCAUGUGAAGAGGCCGAUAAUGGCAUGUGAUUAGUGUUUGAGUACCAACCACGAAAUUUUGAAGUUGCAAAUGAUGAAGGAAUCAAGCACCCCGGAGGAGCAAGUGAAUUUCAUUGCCAAUGCUAGAGGGAACAACCCCUAUAGCAACACUUUGAUUCGGGCCUAAUUGUACACUUUUUAUCCCCAUUUCUCUUUGACUUUUGUUAAAAUUGAGCUCCAAAAGGGGUGGUUUUACGCUAUGUUUCUUGUGUUUCAGUGUGUUUCAGAUUCUAACAGGUAAAACCAACCUUAGAGUCGAAAGUUGGAAGAAAAGGAGCAAAGACCGGGCAAAGAGGAUGAUCCAACCUGUGUUCACGAUCUCCCAUGGGAGUUCAAGGUCUCCAGGACCGUGAACUGCAACCACAACCCAUGAACCAAGAAGUGAAGCGGUGCAUUUUGGCUCAGCUCUGUGUGUUCACUUACGAGUUUUGAUGUUCACGGCUGUGACUCAGGCCGUGAACUGGGCACGAUCUCAGUAUAAAGAGCUAGCUGAAAGGAAGAAGAAGGGGGGAGACCUAGUGUGAGAAACUUCUUCCUCACCAAAGGAGGAUCUCUUCAACACAAGGAGCAAGGCUAGUAUCUUUUUGAUGGUUUUCUUUCUUCUCCUUUGUGUUUUCCCUUCUCCUAACAUGGAGUAGUCCCUUCUUUCACUUGGGUUUUUGUAAACCCUAUCUACAAUUAUGUGAAUGCUUGUAUGAAUUGAAUGAUUUGUGUGUGGUUUUGUUUGAUGUGAAUGUGGAGUUAUUAUUCAUGAAUGAUUGCGUUGUGUGAAAGCCUAUCAAUAUAAUUUCCAUUCUAAC